AUUUUAAAUUGUAGCGGCCUCACCAGUCGCAUCCGGGUAUUUACAUGUAAAGGUCAGAGGUGAAAGGUAAAAGCAUGGCGCUCGUCAACAGAAGCAGACAACGAGCCUGUGCAUAAAGAAGGUAUUACAUUAUUAUGACGGACAAAAAGAGUGGACAGCCAGAGUCCUCCGAACGCGAUGCUUUAGAUCGUGGCGAACAUUCCGAGUGCGAAGAAGGAGAGGUGUUUGAUUCAACAUCAACAACACCAACUCCGACCGACGACCGUGGUGACAUGAUUGAAGUUGGUGAUGUGGAUUUCAAAAGUGAAGACAUAGAACAGAGUGACUGUGAUAAUGAGACGAAUAAUGAUCAGGAAAUGCCAGCAUCAACUCAACAAGAGGUACCAGAUGAUCAACAGGGAAAGGAAACGAGGGCAGAAAGAAAAAUGAGAAGAAAGCUUAAAAAAGAAAGAAAGAAGGCAGAGAAAUAUGCAGCAGAUCUCAUCAAUGAUGGACAUCAAAAGAAAAAGAAAAAAAGAAAAAUUAGAGAAGAUGAGGAUUCCAGUCCACAAAAGAAAUCUAAAAUUGACACCAGUGAAAUGGAGUCGACAAGUUCUGAUUUAACAACGGAAGAUAAACUGCUCCUAAAAUUAGAAAAGAAAAAAAAAGUAAACAAGUUAAUGCAACUUCCAAAGAUAUUCUUAACUUUACAAGAAAUUUACGGCAGAGCCAUUGAAAAGGAAGAUGCAAUCAUUCCACCUUUGGAUAUCAAAAAUAUUCAGGAUUUAGUUUUAUACUCUCUGAUUGGAAUGAAUGCCAGCGUUAUUCCAAGUUGCCACCAGGAAUUACCAGCUUAUAACCCACAUAGCAUUGUGUUUCGACUGUGUGCGGGGCUAGGGUGCAAAACAUCGAGACUGAGCGUUUCACUACUAGUUGCAGCAGUUGAGCGUACAGUAAUGGAAGCGUGA